AUGGAGCAAGAAGAGGACACCAGAAGCCAGACGCGGAAAUCGAAUGCUAUUAAGGAUUUUCUUGCGCAAAACAAUGUCAGAGUCUUCCAUGAUCUGUGUGUGUUGAGAGCAAAGGUUUGUUCCUAUCAUCCCCUCCAACAUGGGAUCACCCGUCUCUCCGUGACCGGCUGGGUUUAUUCUAACAUGACGUUCAAAUUAUUGACUUCUAUCUAUUUGAUUUCACCAGGGCUGGGAAUCCGACGAGGCAGAACGCCAUUUCACCAAGCAAAGGGUCACCGCGGAUUCAUCUGCUAGUAACAAAAAAACCCAACACGCAUUUUUCAAGAGGAUGUUAGAGAUCGCAGAGGAGAUUAAUCACGCCACGGAAAUAUUCCCUCAGCAAGCUGGGCAGCGAGUCCUAGAUGUUUGCAUGGCCCCGGGUGCUUUCACCGAGUUCGCGCUGAGGAGAAACCCUCGAUGCAUCGUGGACGGGAUAACCCUCCCGCCGGAGAGUGGCGGCCAUGAAUUGCUCGUCCGCACGUCAGGCCGGCGCAACCUGACCAUAUCAUUUACAGAUUUGACCCUUCACACUAUAUACCUUCCCCCAGGGAUGAGCGUGCCAGAGCACUUCCCGGACCACCAUGCAUUCACCACGAACCCACCGCUACCGCAGUUGUCCCCCCCAUAUGACCUGGUAAUCUGCGACGGCCAGCGACUGCGCACACAUGAACAGGCGGAACUCCGCUCAUGGGAGCCCGGGAGACUUCUGCUUUCACAGUUGAUCCUUGCACUCACGAACAUCAAGCCUGGCGGUACGAUGCUUGUUCUCCUGCACAGGGUGGAGCAGUGGAAUACUGUGUCUUUGUUAUACCGCUUUAGCCAGUUCGCAGAUAUCAACUUAUUCAAGCCUAAAUCAGCGCACGCUACUAGGUCGUCGUUCUACUUGAUUGCAACGGGGGUGAGACCUGAUAGUGCUGCACCCUGGGUCAGCCACCUUCGUCAUUGUUGGGCGAGGAUGACGUUUGGCGGGGAGGAGGGGAGGGGCGCGCCACUAGACGGCGCCGAGGAUCUUGAAGUUGAUGAUGUUCUGAGGGUGUUUGGUGGUCGGCUGAUCAGCCUUGGGCAUGUGAUAUGGGAAACUCAGCGGGAUGCGUUGAGCGCUAGUAAAUGGAUAAGGGGAAGUGGGUCAGGAAGUUGA